ACACACAACGCACUCACACAUACGGACGGGCAGGACGUGCUCCUGUUCUAUUAUUUAACUGCUUUCAACGUCAGCAGCACGUUCAACCCGACGAAAGUCGAUUGAAAGCCGCCUUUCAACGGACCCAGCAUCCCUCUCUCAGCACACACAUCACAAAAAAGUAAACGGAAAACGAGAGAGCGAGUCCUUUGUGUGUGUGAGUGUGUGUGUGAGUGUGUGUGUUCGCGACAGCAGGAGCGACGUCAACGUCAAUCCGCUCAAUAUUUAUACAUUAAACCGAGUCUCCAGGCCCACGAGUCUUGCGGCCCUCACAACGCAGACGCUCCUGUUCCUCCGCUGGGGCCCAAAAUAAAUAACAUCUGACAGCUGCCCAGAGUCCUGAAUUCUGAAUUCUGAAUUCGGAGUCCUGCAAGAGCCAUCAGCGGAUAGGGGCGCUAAAAAGAAGCGGAGACCGAGCGUGUGGCAAUACGAUUUGCCUUAGGAAAACAUCAACCAAACUGAACGCGAUCCUAAAACGAAAACAAAACAAUGGGCGCCAAGGAAAGUGUCGAGGCAGCCGCCAAAAUGAACGCCGAUGGUUGGGGCCAUGUGGAGCGAUCGAGUCGCUACCACAACCAUCGGCACAACCAGCGCUCACAGUCGCUGAAUCGCGGACAGGCGCUCUCGCAGGCGGACGUGAGCGGCAUGUGGUGACAUCGGGGUGCCUCUGGUAAAGG